CACCCCCCGUUAGUGGAGAGAGGAAAAACUUGGUCACUGUUACGGAUGGACAUCCCACUGCAGAACCGGCCACUGCUGAAAUAAACAGAGCACGGGUUCCCUGAAAUUCUUACGCAAGGAACAACAGCUCAGCUUCUCUCUGGCCACAUUACAGCCUUCUGCCCUCAAAAUCAACUUCAGCAUUGUCAGGCCUCUGCAUGAUUGGACACCACUGGAGUCUGGGAUCAUCAUGGCUCCAGAUCCACAGAGUAUGAUGUUUUCAGCUGGUCUGUUGCAGUUUCCUCAGUUAUUCCUGGCUGUGUCAGCUGCUUUCCCACUGCUUCUCAUCCUGGUCGUGAUUGUCUGUGCUUUCUGUAGGAGAUUUUCGGAAAGAAUACGAAGCUGUGAUGGACAGCUCAAAGCGAUAUUUAUAAAGAAUCACACUGGUUCUGUUCGACUCAGGCAUGAUCUGGAAACUACAAAUGAAAAUGGAGUGGUCCCAGGGAUAGUUGACCAGCAGCUGGUAAGAGUGAACGAUAAAUGCCAAGUUGUCCAAAAUAUCCCAAGUAUUCAGAUGACUAAUCUUGCAGGGAGUGACAUGGACAAUGACGAUGGUUUGUAUGAAGUUGUGAGAGACAUCCAUGUAAAUGUUUGGAAUUCAAAUGAGGGAAGCCUAAGUGAACAGAAGCUGGAUUAUAUGACCCAAUAUGAGAAAAUGCCCUCAGCAGAAUCAAGCCGGAAGAUUGACUAUAACACUGAGGUCAAGGAGUCUACCAACGCGCAACUACAAACACCGAUUUAUGCAAAAAUAGUCAAACACAGAAACAAAGAGUGCAAGCCACAGGUUCAGGAGAAACCUGAAGUUGGAGAUGAAGGGAACGUGGAUGAGCCCCCACCGAUCCCAGACAAGCACUUGGACGAUGAAGAUUCAGCUCCAUGGUAAAGAUAUCAGGUUUUGCUCAUAUCGUGUCCAGGACAUUAAUCUUUAUUUCCUGGAGACAUUGGAUAAUCCUGCAGAGCUGGCAACCCUGCUGUUGAUGCACUCUGGGUGUCAAAGCUGUAGAGAGCAGUAUGAAUUUCAUGAGGAGUUAGUACUGCUUCAUUCCAUGUGGGUCUUGUAUCUUCUGUUCUUUUACAUUUGUUUUCCCAAAUGAUGAACGGAUCCAGCAGAUUGAAAGACCAUACACUGACAUUGGAAGUUAUGAGCAGUGCACUUUCAUAUUGAACGUAAAUUGGCAUUGAAUAAUAUAUUUAAUACUGGAGUUGAUCACAGUAAACUGCUUUAACAUUUCACUGUCUAUGGUUUAAUCCCUAUGUAGUUUCUGUUGUAUGAACUUCUCCAGUGGUGUAGUCUUGAUAUAUUCCAGUCAUAUCUUGGUUCGUGUUCAGCCCUGAAUCAGAAGUCCUAUUCCAGGACUUGACGAUAUAAUUCAGACUGUUACUCUGAUGAAUGCAGUAUUGUUGGAGAAGCAUUUCUUUGUGACUUAGUGCUUCAAAAUCCAUCUACCUGGCUAGUA